AAGUCAAAACAAUGGGCCGAAUGGGUAAAAGCCCAUUAUAUCUAUACAAAGUUAAAAUCAUCGUAGAAGCUUCGAAACGUUCCUGGCUGUCGUGAAGUAGUGACAUUGCUUCCAUUUCGCAGGAUCACACAAACGCAAAUAGAUCUCAAGCUUCAGCUUACUUUUUAAUCAUGUCAGGCAAGUAUAUCGUAUCUGCUAUAGUUGGAUCUUUUGGAAUUGCAUGGUUCUGUGAUAGUUUUGUUUCUGACAGAAAGAUAUUUGGGGGUACUACUCCUGGCACAAUUACGAACACUGGAUGGUGGGAAGAGACUGACAAGAAGUUUCAGUCAUGGCCUCGCACAGCUGGUCCACCAGUGGUCAUGAAUCCCAUUAGUCGCCAAAAUUUCAUUGUGAAGUCUCGCUCUGAGUCUUGAACUUUGUUGGUUAUUGAUUCGAAUUAAUUGGUUCACCCUGGUUAUGGGAUAUGUCUCCAUAAAUGAUAGUUUUGUUUGAGAUGAGACUCUUGCAGUUCAAUUAAUGUUUGGAUGUUUUACCAUGUGAAUGCUAUCAUGCGUAAAUAAAAUGUUACUGAAGCAAUCUUGGAUUGAUUGACAUA